AGUGAUUCAUAGAUUGACGUCUCUCGGUAUACUGGACCAUUCGACGCUUUGCGCUAUCAGGAGAAGGUUGUGUGUGAAGGGAUUUUAACUAAACCAGAAUGAUUUAACACGCGUGUAUAUCUGACAGGUGGAAUACUUCUACAUAAACUGUGGCAUAUACCCAAAAGCACGUGAAAAUACAGAUUCUGAGUCGUCACAUCAACUGGACUCCUUUUUUAUAGUAGACUGAAAUAGUUUCUCUUUUACCAAGUGUUUGACCAUGCCGCCUCAAUCCAUGAUGGACCAUAACACGAAUUUGUUACCCGAGCCUGAUGACGGUGGUCAGACCAAAAUAAAAUGUGUUUUAGUUGGAGAUGGAGCUGUAGGGAAAACAAGUCUCGUGGUCAGUUACACGACCAACGGCUAUCCCACCGAAUACACACCUACAGCAUUCGACAAUUAUGCAGUCGUCGUGACAGUGGAUGGGUCACCUGUUCGUCUGCAGCUUUGUGAUACGGCCGGCCAGGAUGACUUCGACUCCUUGCGGCCACUCUGUUACCCAAACACAGAUGUUUUCCUCCUGUGUUUCAGUGUUGUAACACCGACAUCAUUUCACAAUAUUUCUGAAAAAUGGGUACCAGAGGUGAGAAAACAUUGUCCAAAAGCACCAAUAAUUCUGGUUGGGACACAAUGUGACCUUCGUAAUGACGUCAAAGUACUUAUCGAGCUCGCCCAUUACAAAGAACAGCCUAUACCAGAAGCUGAAGCACAGGCGCUUGCUGAGCGAAUCGGAGCAAGUUAUAUUGAGUGUUCGUCACUUACACAGAGAAACCUCAAGGAAGUUUUCGAUACAGCAUUACUAUCGGCCCUCAGACUUACAGGGCCCCUUAAAAGGACAAAGAGUUCACGAAGAUCAAAAAAGGGCAAAAAGCAACACGAACAAUCGCCACCGCCAAUGGUGGCGGGCAAGCCUUGUGCCAAGAAAACAGGAUGGAAACGAUUUUGUUGUUUUUUGUGAACUAAUUUGGAUUGCAUAAGAAGCAAAAAUCAACUGUCAUUUGGAGAGUUUGUUAAAAAAUAAAUGUGCACAGACUUGCAACAGACAUCUGAUGUUUAAUUCUGCAAUAUAGCAAUACAGACGUUUACCUGAUCAAAUUGUGUGACGCGUGAUGGAUGGGGUAGUCUCGCUCCACGUUGUGUAUUGGUCAUUUACCUGUAGGUGUCUCUGUCUGUCGAGCCAAAGUCUACGACAUGAUUGCACUGACGAACUGUCAACUGUGGUUGAGUCACAAAUCUAAAACAGACGACAUCGCUUUUUAGGCAGGUUGAAUUGUGUAUUAUAAAUUAAUUUAUCAAUAGGAGAGUGAGCGCAUGUUCGUACAAAUGUGUAUUUUAAUGAGGAGUGUGUGAGUCAUGUGACAGUUGAUGACUGCUACAGCAAUAGAGUACAAGCAGGGAGAGUGAUUGGCGUGAAACAUUUGGUUGUCAUAUCACAGUAGGCUGUUGAAGUGUGCUAGUGUAUUUGUGUUUAACUGAUAAAGUUAAGCCAUUUUGGUGAGUUACACAUCCAUCUGAAUUGUUUUUGUGUAAAUUUUAGAUAAAACCUGCUUCAUAAUAGAAACAAUUAUACUGUGCUUCUCAAAUGAGAACAAUUUUAAACCAUUAUAGAGAUUUAUUGCCUCGUUACCUUCUUGUUUUGGAAAAUUUGUUAAUGGCGCAGAAGAAAAAAAUCUAUUCAAACUUUGAAGAAAAAAAAAGGACAUGCUAAUACAAUUGUUGAUGGUUGUUGAACCUUAAGGAUCAUCUGGCAUGGGAAAUUCGUGUGAAAAUGUUUGGUAUGUAAUUUCUUUAUAACAGUCGUCAUAAUAUGGGUAUGUAUUGGGAGUACCUGUGUAGAAUACCCUUUUACAAGUGAUAAUCUAAAGAAUCUUUUGUUUCCCGCCUACCUGGAACUCCCUAUCAGAUCUAGGUAUUCAGUUAUAACUGGUGGCAGUAUCUUUAUCGCGUUCCUAUCAGAAUUUAGAUAUCCUUUUUAACUUGUGGGGACUAUUUCUGCUAUCUAGCGUAGGGAUAUGGAUCUCUGACAUUGUCACCUACCCUUAUUCACACACAUGAGCGCCUUAUCACGCCUGCAGAUAUCGCCACCAUUAUUGCAGGGCCGUAUAUCGCCACCAUUAUGGCAGGGCCGUAUUUCCUGAUUCUGUCGUUACUUUGUAUUGGCUGGACUUGGUACUGUGCCCAAUCCUUGGUCCAAUUGAUGGACUGGUUCAGGUGACAAGUGCGACAGGUCGUGAAUUUAUUAAUAAAGGUGUCGAAAACCUGAGCAAGGCAUAUUUCCAAAAGGUGAUCAUUCUAUUCAACAAAGAACCAAGAUUAUUAGCGUUAUGACAUUUCCUUGUGAUAACAAUUGUAUAGCCAGGUUCACAGCGUUUUACUGUAUCAUUCCUCUAUGUUAUGACCUCCGAUCGCAAUAAAUCAGAAUUUCAUCACAUCUCUGGCUCACCAAAUCUUUGCAUAAUAUAAGCCAGGUAUAUUCAAUGUACAUCCAAUUUACCCCUGCCAAUCAUGAUAUCAUUUCUUUGAAGAAUUGUAGUUAGUUUGAUUGACAAACAAAUUCAUUAAUCAGUCAAAAAUGAAAAUAGUUUUAGAUAUUCUAGUAUAUACUCCUGAUAAGUAAAAAAAUUCAUAAAUGAAAUAUAAAAAAAAUUGUUUGCUGCAUUUUGGAGUCUAAACAUAACAAAUUUCCCAUAUAACCAAACGAGAUUUUGAAGAGUGGUUUUACUGUUAAUGGCUGCCCCUGCCCCACCCUGUCUCCCCUCUCUGUCCCACCUUACCUAUACCUAGUCAUCCCUCCCGACACCCUCCCGACACCCCUAUCACCACUGAAGUGAUUCUAUGACUCCUUUCCUCUUUCUGGAAUUAGACAAUUUAUUUAACCCCGUUUUAUUAAUUGAAGAACUGGUGCUGAUUAUAUUUAACAAUACUAAUUUUUUUUUUUUUUUUUUUUUUUCGAUAAAUUUUUUAUUUGAACCACAAUGUUGACGAAGGGUCUCUGUAGAACCUAGUAACCUACAUGUACUGUCACAAAUCAAUGUUUUGUAAGGGAACAAGAUAUUUCAGCAAGAUUGUACUUAACUUUCGCACAAUUAUAAUGUACCGAUGUUUUUCAGACACUCGAAUCUGCUUAUCUCAAAUAUGAACCAAAGUCAUAAUGAAACAAAUAAUUUGCUCUGCAGUUUUUGUGCGGAAAAAUAAAUUUUAAGACAGAUUUUUGUAGUGUUUUGGGGCUUAGAAAUAUAAUCUGGCUUUGUUUUUAUUAUUUUGAAUGGCUAAUGGAAUUCCAAAGUACAAGUACCAACCAUAUACUGAUAUUGUCCAGAUUACAGGGGUUCCAAUAUAAAAACAAAACUAUAGCUGACCAGAUUAUCAAGAUUUUCACAACAGUUUACUUUAUAGAAGGUUUCUAACCUGUUAGCACACCUGCACAGGUACAUUUACCUGUACAGAUAGACAAAAAAAUCCAUUUACAUGUAUAGAUAGACAAAGGUACAUUUACCUGUACAGGUAGAUUUGAUGAUAAGCAGAUCAGUGGUGACCCCCAGAUUCUGUGCAUGUUAUGUGUAUAUAUGUAUCAAAAUGAGAUGCUCACCUGUUACAGGUGUGACAUCCCCUAUUGUUAUGCUCUCAUGUCUUUCAUUCAUGUUUGUAUGUAGAUUGAAUGUCCUGCAGGCAAAUCUGGAACUAGUCCCAUCGAGUUGCUUGCAUUUGUCAAGGUCAAGGCCAAAUGUUUUGCUUUGAAAGGUCAAGGCUAUCUUGUUUUUUGCUUGAGCUCAGCACUAUGAUAAAUAUCAUAUUUCAUAAAAAUAUUCCUAAUUGUAGUUCUUUGUAAAUAUUGUUCUUUUAUAUCAAUUAGAUCAGAUGUUUAUGAAAAUAUAGCAGUGGUUUUUUCAAAGAGAAAAUUUUCUAGUUGAUAAUUGUCAUAGUUGAACAAAUUGAAUUUUGAUAGUGGAAAAGAAUUAAAUUUUGCUUGUAUUUGAAUAUUUCUAGCAGACUAGCAAUUAUAAGCCAAUCAAGAAGAGCUCAAAGUUUUUAAAGCAACACUUAUUUUGUAGAUGUAUUGUUCUGUAGUAAAAAGCUUGCGGGGAAAGUCAAGGAAAAAUCUACACAUUUUUAAACUUACAAAAUGAGAUUUUUAUCAUAAGUUAAUAGAUGACAUGUAUAUUUAUAUAUUUUGUACAAGAAAAGUGCCUUUUUAAUGAGUAGAAGUGUUGGCGAACUCCAUGUUGUCGUUGAUGUAUGCCAGAGGUCUAACUAAUACAUUAUAUGGUCUGUGGAAUUUUAGGCUGCUUGUUCCCACAUCAGUUUGUUUGUAAACAAUUUAAAUUCUCUGAAAUUAUUUGAAAAUGGAAACAAAUAAUGACCGUUUUGAAAAUAAGGUGUCAAGGUGUCAAAACAGCAUUGUUCUUUAAUCGUUUUACAACAAUCACCGACUAUUUCAAAUCGGCAGGAAGACAAUGAAGUUGGGAAAUUAAGGUAUUUUAUCGGGUAGUGUUCAGUAUGGAGUUGGUUAAAAGGUAGGUAUCUAUUACUGAGAUGUGUCGUCCUAUUGAGACCUAGACACUAGGUAAUAAGAUAGCCAUUGUUGGCUGGUGUCUUUACGAGGCUGUGAAGAAUGCAGUAGAAAAAUGGAGGCGUUAAGUGUUGAUCUGAUUAAACCACAAAACAUUCUCGCAAUGCUUCUGUUCUCUGCCAAAUAUACCCACAAAUGUACACGGUUUUAUGACCAGUGUCGUCUGCCACCAAAUAUUACGCGAUUAAUGGCUUUAAGUUGUGUCGGAAUCAACCGUUAGGAUUUUAAUCACAGACCAUAUAUGUAGUGUAUUUUAGACCUCCGCACAUUUUAACGUCUUUGUGACGUCAUUGUGUUUAGACUGCUGUCAGAAAACAGCGAAUGUUCACCACCAAAUACGUCAUGUUUACGUCAGAGUUGCGACGGGCACUUUGCCGGCCGCCUCAAUUUUUAUAUCAUUGAUUUAUUGCCUGUUAAAUAAAGAUUUCUGAAAGAAACAA